UGAGAAAGUGAGUGGGUGUGGUGCAAUAGAUGCUAUAAGAAAGAUGUGUAAGACGUUUGAGAAUCAUGGAAGCGAGAGUGCAGGGGUAAUGAGUCCAUUUGCUGCAUAUCUAGAUAAUAAAGUACAUCUAACCAAGUUCAAGGGUAAUAGAUUUAAUGUAAUAUUUUACAACGCUGCAGCAGCGUAUUAUUACAUGGACUCUUUCCGGUCAUUCCUUGAGGUGUGGGGUAGUGGGAACCUGUUGCUAGAAGCAGUUAAAAAAGAUCUAGAGUCCCCCGUAUAUGUAGCAGGUAUAAGAGCACUUGGAAUCAUAGAUAAAAUAAUAACAGGCCCGCUGUGGAGAUUAAUCAAUUCCGAGGGAAAUAUUGGGGCAGUCCUUUCUUAUCUAGAUGUGAUGGAGGAGAAGCUAAAAGUGUGGUCAAGUGAUGCAUCGGAAUUGGUAGCUGGGCGUGUUGUGAUGUUUGAUGAAGGUGUGGCGGAGGUGCAUAGAGAUGGCAUGUAUGAAACAAUGUUCACAGACACUGAUGAUAUUCAACACAAUAUAUACACGCAGGAAGCACUAGAAAUCAUCCUCACACAUUUCCAACUAAGUUUACACAGGUGCACACAUGAAAUGAGAACACGCAUGAAGUCAGACAGGGGGUACAGGGACGCCGCGGCAAAGGUACCUGCCACUAACGUUGCGAGUGAACGAGACUUUGGACAGUUGGACAUGCUGAUGAGACAACGACCUAACGCACGGACAAUUAACAUGGAAGCGACGAUCCUAUACGCUAAUAAUAAGACUGCAGACUGGUUAGACACAUUAGACAUACAUCACAAAGAGAGGUACAUUAACACUGCAAUAAGUUCAGUCAAGUAUGUAGAAGAAAGAUAUAAACAAAGAAAACUCGCAAUUUACAAACACAAACGAGAACAACUAGAAGCCAAAAAAAUAGCAAAGCAACUAAGAGACGAAAACAAACGACAAGAAAAAAGACAAAUCAUUGAGAAAUUGCACGAACUUGGGGGGGAAUGGAAAACGGGGGAAGACAUAAUCCAAAAGCUUGAUCAGAUAAAAACUAAAACAGGGCAGAAACUAGCACUAGGAAUUCAACUAAGAUAUCACAAAAUUGUACUAUGUAAUGAUGCACCACGAAACCUAUUCAUGCAACAACAUCAAGGAAAAACACUGACAGUAGCACAACUCACCGACAAUUUAGUCAAGAUAAUUAGUGAAUACAGUUCAGAUACACAAGUUCCAAGCACGAGUGAAAUAAUUAAUGCACAUAAACCAGAGGCUAGCAUUAGGAAACAAGAUUUACAUGAGGCAAAGCAAACAAUAUUAAGACAGCUACAGACACAGAUGACAAAA